AUGUCCACAGAACAGUAUAUCGUGUCGAAGAAUAACCUGGACAAGACGAAGCAUAAGUGGGACCGCUUCCACUUGUUCCAGCCCUUCAUCAGCUGCCCGCCAGGGCGGCCGCUGCGCCGUGUGGGCCCGGAGGGUGAUGGCGGCAAAUGGCUCUGUGAGCCCGCUGUCCUAAAGGAACCGUGCACCGUCGUUUCCAUGGGCAGCAACAUGGCCUUCGGGUUCGAAGAGGCCAUCUUGAAUGAGACGCCCUGCCAGGUUGUCACGCUAGAUUGCACGGUGGAGGGCAAGAAGCUCUCAGACCGCCAUACCUUCCACAGACUGUGUGUGGGGUCAUCCGCCCUGGCUAAUGUUGAUACGACAUUUGUGACGUACCGCCAGUUCGUUUCAGCGCUAGGGUUGCAGGAGAUUCCCGUACUGAAGAUCGACGUCGAGUCAUUUGAGUUUCCGCUGUUCGGGGAGUGGCGUGAGCACUCGCGAUCCCUGCCCGAGCAGAUUGCCGUAGAAGUUCAUUUGCACGAGAGGCGCCUGAACCACUCGGAAUUGGAGUUGCGAUCGCAUUGGGGCCGUGGCGAGUUUGGUGUCAUGGACUUAGCACUCUUUUUCUCGCACCUAGCUAACCUAGGCUACGGCAUUGUCAGCCAGGAGAUGAACAAAUUAUGUGUAUCGUGCUCCGAAUUCACAUUGCAGCAGUACUCGGGAAGGCACCAAGUGUCCGGGCCGUACAGCUCCACCGUACGGCUGCCCACCACUGAGUUCAGCCUCCGCGCCAACAGCCCCAUUCGGGAGCCCCAAAUUCAGCAGUACUGGGAACAGCAUGCGACUUACGAGGCGCUGGUCGAGGGCAACACCGGGGUGGGAUGGAUGCGAUUCGCGUCGAGCCCGCAGGCGGUGCUGACGAUUCCGCCGUAUAUCGUGUCGAAGAAUAACCUGGACAAGACGAAGCAUAAAUGGGACCGCUUCCGCUUCUUCCAGCCCUUCAUCAGCUGCCCGCCAGGGCGGCCGCUGCGCCGUGUGGGUCCCGAGGGUGAUGGCGGCAAAUGGCUCUGUGAGCCCGCUGCCCUAAAGGAACCGUGCACCGUCAUUUCCAUGGGCAGCAACAUGGCCUUCGGGUUCGAAGAGGCCAUCUUGAAUGAGACGCGCUGCCAGGUGGUCACGCUAGAUUGCACGGUGGAGGGCAAGAAGCUCUCAGACCGCCAUACCUUCCACAGACUGUGUGUGGGGUCAUCCGCCUUGGCUAAUGUUGAUACGACAUUUGUGACGUACCGCCAGUUCGUUUCAGCGCUAGGGUUGCAGGAGAUUCCCGUACUGAAAAUCGACGUCGAGUCAUUUGAGUUUCCGCUGUUCGGGGAGUGGCGUGAGCACUCGCGAUCCCUGCCCGAGCAGAUUGCCGUAGAAGUUCAUUUGCGCGAGAAGCACCUGAACCACUCGCAAUCGGAGUUGCGAUCGCAUUGGGGCCGUGGCGAGUUUGGUGUCAUGGACUUAGCACUCUUUUUCUCGCACCUAGCUAACCUGGGCUACGGCAUUGUCAGCCAGGAGAUCAACAGGCUUUCGCUAUAUUGCUCCGAAUUCACGUUGUUACGAGUUGAGGCGGCGGUGCCGUACAAAGGCGGCUCUGUGGUACAACAUAGAUGA